AUGUCCCACGGUGCCUACUACGAGUGCGAGCGGCGAGGGCCGGGGCUGGAGUUCGCGGGGAGCCGCAGCGGGCCCGGGGAGCUGGGCACCAUGUGCGACCACGAGGCGUCCAUCGACCUGUCCGCCUACAUCGAGUCCGGCGAGGAGCAGCUCCUCUCCGACCUUUUCUCGGGGAAGCCGCCCCCGGAGCCACGAGGGCUCAAGGGCCCUGGCACCCCCGGCUUCGCUCACUACCUCCCGCCCGACCCCGGACCCUUCGCCUACUCCCCGCACCCGUUCGGCCCCGACAGGAAGGGCCUGGGACCCAGCGCCUACAGCCCCUCCGGAGGCUACGACCCCCGAGCCGUGGCGGUCAAGGAGGAGCCGCGGGGCCCGGAGGGCGCCAGGAGCGCCGGGCGCAGCGGGUACAACCCCCUGCAGUACCAGGUCGCACACUGUGGGCAGACUGCCAUGCAUCUGCCCCCCGCCCUGGGCACACCCAGCCAGCCCUUACGGGUCCUCAAGGGCCCCCUGGCCGCCCCUCCCUGCAGCCCCCUCCUCAAAGCCCCCUCCCCGGCCGGGGUCCCCCACAAGGGCAAGAAGGCGGUGAACAAGGACAGUCUGGAGUAUCGGCUGAGAAGGGAGCGGAACAACAUCGCCGUGCGGAAGAGCCGGGACAAAGCCAAGCGUCGCAUCCUGGAGACGCAGCAGAAGGUGCUGGAGUACAUGGCCGAGAACGAGAGGCUGCGCAGCCGGGUGGAACAGCUCAGCCAGGAGCUGGACACGCUGCGGAACCUCUUCCGCCAGAUCCCCGAGGCCGCCGGCCUCAUCAAGGGCGUGGGCGGCUGCGGCUGA